AAUAAUGUAACAUUUAUUUGCAAUGCUAACAAAUAGACAUAUCUUCGCAUACAAAAUUCGGAAACAUUAAAUGUUCCGUCAAGACCUGUAAUGGAUAAAAACAAAAAUUAAAAAAAAUAAAGAUUCCCAUUUUUACAUUUGUUUUUAAUAUUAAAUAUAUUACUUAGAUACAAAUGAAUAAUAAAUCAUUUGUAUAGAGACCGUUUUGUUUCAUACUGUGGAUAGUAUAAGUAUAUUUAUGAGGACUGCGUUGAAUAAUUGUGUUGUUAAUCUUUUCUGUUCCUUUUUGUUCUUUUCGGUAAAUUGGCGUCACCAACCGUAUCAGUAAGUGGGAAAUUGGUUUGUAAAAGUUCGGUGGAAAUGAGUUUUGACAUUUGUAUUGUUGGUCAAAUUAUUUUGAAUGGUUUCAUUAUUGACUGUAAUUAUCAUGUCUGAGUCGAAGUAUUUCACCCGUAGCAAGUUAAAAGAAAUAGGAAAGGUUUCUUAUUGCAAAGGCAGUAACAAAAACCGUUUAAAAAGACUUGUCGAAGUGAAAACCGAACCUGGAGAAGUUAAAGUUGAGGCUAAAAAACGUAAACAUUUAGCAGUCAAAUAUGAACCUGAUAGUGUUGACAGUUCCACUGUGUCAGUUAAAACUGAACCAGGUAUUGCAGACAUCAAGCCUGUAUUAGGCUUCGCAAGCCCAGAUGAUUUUGUCAGUAAACGAGUGUGUUGGGAACCACUCAAUUGGAGACAACAGUUGAAGAACAUCAGAGAGAUGAGACGUGAACGAGACGCCCCAGUUGAUACAAUGGGCUGUGAUGUCAUUAGUGAUCAUACAGCCACCCCACAGACAUUUCGAUAUCAAGUGCUUCUUUCUCUGAUGCUGUCAAGUCAAACAAAAGACCAGGUGACAUCAGCUGCCAUGAUACGAUUGAGGAAACAUGGGUGCAGUAUUGAAAAUAUACUUAAAACAUCAGACGAGAAACUUGCACAAUUGAUAUACCCUGUUGGUUUUACUAAGACCAAGGUUGGCUACAUUAAAAGAACUUCCCAAAUCCUGAAGGAUGAAUAUGACAUGGACAUCCCAAACACUGUGGUUGACUUGUGCACGUUGCCUGGAGUGGGCCCCAAGAUGGCCCAUCUUACUAUGAAGUGUGCCUGGAAUACCAUUUCCGGUAUUGGUGUUGACACACAUGUUCAUCGGAUAUGCAAUCGUCUUAAGUGGGUCAAACAGCCCACAAAACAACCAGAGGCUACCAGGAAGGCUCUCGAAGACUGGUUGCCCAGAGAACACUGGCAAGACAUUAACCACCUUCUUGUUGGUUUUGGUCAACAGCGCUGUCUUUCUGUCCACCCUAGAUGUGACGGCUGCCUUAAUCUGACGAUCUGCCCAUUCGGCAGGAGUCAGUUCAAAGGGAGAUUACCAGCUGAAGACAAGAAGUUCUCAGUGAAGCUAGAGCCUAAAACAGAAGACUUUACAUGAACUAUCCAUAUCCACAUGAAUGUGCAGGCAACAGUAUUUUAGGUGAAGCUUCAUUCUGUCUGUGGAUCAGUUACACAAAUUAAAAUUUUAUGUAAACUGCCAAUAAGUAACAUGAUGAAUUGUGUAUCACAGGAACUUUAUUCGUGGAUGCCCUGUACUGUGUUCAAAAAAAGUUUUAGACUUAAUUUUGGACACGGCACAGUAGUCAAAUUGAAAAAUACUUCUCAUUGCUGAACCAGUUUGUUUACAAUACAAUUGAAAUACCA